AUGAAACGAUGUUAUUCUCUCAUAUGGAUAAGAAGAAGAAGAAGAACAACAACAACAACCCUUAAACAUUCAAACCGGUUUUAUGUAAAUAAGACUCCACGAGAAGAAACACUCAUAAUGGAAAAAUAUCAUUUACCCCUGCGGCGGGCCUUUCAUUUCAUUGAAGAAGGAAGAAAUCAUCAAGAACAUUUCGCCGAAUGUGAGGAAGACAUGCAGACAACUUCUUCUUCUUCUACUUCUUCUACUUCUACUAGUGAAAUGCAGAUACUUCAACGGGAUGCUGCCCGUUAUGCUGCUUAUCACUGUCAUCAUUUACUAAAUUCAUUUCGUGCAGAACGACAUCGAUGGACAAAAGUGAAUGAACUCUCAUUUGAAGACUUGACUCGAGUGAUAGAGUUUAUAUUCUUUGCAUCUCUUUUACUACAUCUUACAGCACUAUACGAAACAGCCGAUAAGUACUGUGAGUCAUUAAUUAAUCUUGUAUUUUCCUGUAGUGUAUUUAUUUCUAAAGAUGUUCAUAAACUCUACCAAUUGUAUGAUGAUAAUAGAAACUGUUCAAGUGUAGAAACUCCCUCUUUUCCCAAUGUUAAAUCAGAAGGUACAGAAAAGGACGAGCCUUGGGACUCUUUACAUUGGGCAGUCAUACAUUUUACACAUGGUAUCUCUAAAUGGGGUCUUUUAGAUCAUACAGAAUCAUUGUUUGAUAUGCGGAAAACGACUAUUCCUUGCUGUGCGAUGUUACGUACAUUUGCAAAGAUCACUCGUUCCAUUUUGAUGAUGAAUGAAAAGAUGAUGAUAUUAAAUAAAGAAGAAAUACGUUUUCUUUCAUAUAUAGCUACAAAAGAGGGAUCUAGCAGAUGGCUGGCAACGUCCCACAAUACGGUUUCCUUACCAUCAUCAUCAUCAUCUACUCAUAGAGAUCAUAAAGAGGGAAAUACAGAAGUUUCCAUCUGUUUUGCCCAACAACGUCGUUUACAACUUUUACCAUUACUAUGGAUGGCAUUACUUGCACGUCAUUCCGUUAAUCUUCACAAGAGGCAUCAACUUUAUCCAUCCCGACAUGCCUUGUUGCGGGCCUUAUUACUCUUCAGCAAAGAGGCAAAAGGAGAUAUGGUAUUAACAUUACUAGUUAGAUGUUUGUAUUUUCACCCUCCUGAUGUACGGGUAAGUUCUGUAGAGAUGGGUGUUCUCCUUGCUCAAAUGGAACGCCAUGAGGUUUUCUCUUCUUCCUUAUCAUUAUCAUCACAAUCAUCAUCAUCAUCAUCAUCAUGUGUGGAGUUAUUGCGUUUAUGGAUGAGGAUGGAAAAAGUUCAGGAAGAUGCACCAGAGGCGAAAAGCCGCCGAGCUGUAUAUAUUGCCUUCCGAAAUAUUCCACUCUGUGCUCUGCAGAUAGUGGGAGACCAUUACACAUCUACAGUUGACGGAGAGGCGUUUGUACAUGAACUGUUACUUCGCGCGUUACUGCAGUGGUCCUUUCGGGUUUCAGACAACACAUCAUUUAAAGGGGAAUUGGAGGAAUUGUUAUUAUCAGCACAACACAUGGUAUCACUUCUGGAGGGAAUUAAACUUCGGGAAUCAAUUAAUAAAAAAGAAGGAGCUUCUUUACUUGUUGUGGAAGCCAUACUUCGUGCCUUUGCAGUACGUGUGUCUGUUAUCUGCAGAAGAAAAUAUGCGUCUAGUGAGAAAUCACAGUUAACACUAUUGGAGUUUGAUAAGAUUCUGCAAUGUACAUUGCGGAAAGAGAGGAAUGGCUCAGAUACGGGUUCUGUGCCUUGUGUAUACGAAAAGAAUCGACAUCAAUGGUUAAAGAAUCUAUGA